AUGUUUAAAACAGAAGUCUAUAAGGUUAAUAGCAGUAAUUUCAGCUUUAGAAAGUCAACUACCACUGACUUUCCGGAACAAAAUGCGACGUGCGUGCUCAAUAACGAAAACGAUCAGGCUGCGAUUAACAAGGCGGUGGAUUGGUUAAAAAAGAACGAAGCCAUCGGUGUUCCAACAGAAACAGUGUAUGGUCUUGCUGCUAAUGCUCUCAAUGAACAAGCAGUAUCGAAAAUUUUUGCAGCUAAAAAUCGACCUCAAGACAACCCUUUAAUUGUUCAUGUGUCUUCCAUUGAAAUGUUAAAGUCUAUUUUGCCCGACAGAAAAGUACCUGAAGUCUACUUGCCCAUUAUCCGUCAGCAUUGGCCAGGGCCACUUACGAUUAUUGUACCUACAUCGGAUCUCAUUCCCUCUUCAGUUACCUGUGGCCAUCCUACAGUAGCUGUUCGGUUCCCAGCACAUCCGGUCGCUCGCAGUUUGAUAGAAGCUUGUGGAUUUCCUUUAGCUGCACCUUCAGCCAACUCUUCCGGUAAACCGUCGCCUACAUUGGCUAGCCACGUUUAUCAUGAUCUUCAAGGGCGUAUACCCAUGAUUAUUGAUGGAGGUCCAUGUAACGUCGGCGUUGAGAGCACAGUGUUAGACGGCCUACGAUCGCCACCUGCUAUUUUACGACCAGGUGGAUUGACUUACGAAACACUUAAACAAUCCGAUGGCAUGGAGAAUUUGCAAGUAUACAGAAAGCAUUUUGUGGAUAAGGACUUGGAGAUGGCACCCACGACACCUGGUAUGAAAUAUCGACAUUACUCACCAGAGGCAAUGGUUAUUUUGAUCGACCGCAAAGCAGAUAACGACACAACAGCAAAUCGAUCAUUCGAUGAAAAAUUUGAUCAUAUUGGUAUGUUACGUACUACAAAAGACGGUGAGAGUGAAGUAUGGGAAAGUAUUGCGAAGGUGGAUGAUAAUGUCGAAUGUAUCUCGCUACAAAUGGGCCGUCGUGGUCAUCCCGAAGAAGUUGCUCGUGGUAUGUUUAAGGGCUUGCGCGAUUUGGAUGGCCGCUCAGUGGAUCUCAUUUUUGUUGAAGGGAUUCCCGAAGACAAGGAAGGCAUGGCUGUCAUGAAUAGAUUAAGAAAGGCAGCGUCCAAGAUAGUCGAGAUUUAA